AUGGUGGAACCGUCCCCGGAGGAGCUCACGGCGCGGCCGGACGACUAUGGAUCAUGGACGGCGAACAAGAAACGGCAGUGGACGAAUCAGUAUCGGAAGGCAAACCCGAGGCUGAAGGAUGCAGCUGAAGAUCCAAGCGGUAGUCGCACAGCGCGUGCUAGAACAGCCAAAGAUGCGGCACUGGCAAAUCCAGUGUGGGUGAACAAGAAGGCGCGGAAGGCAGUUUCGGAGACAAUGCGUGCGGAGGACAUCAGGCAGAAGCGCAAAAGGAACGAUAGCACCGGCAGCACCAACACGAGUCCGCCGAAGAAAUCGGCAAAAUCAAUCGCACGCCGGUUUCCAGCAGCAUCGGUGCAUAGGCGCGAGGGAAAGCAGAGUAGAGACGAAGAGACACGCAGCAGAAAAUCACUGGAUAUGGUCAACGACGACCUCGACGAUACCGAUAUAUCUCCAAGUAACGAUGAUGAAGAGGGCGAGGAGGAAGUGGAGGCCGACGAUGAAGACCUGGAAGCGCUACAGGCGCACCCAGAGAAGCUUCGCCAGAAGCUCAGAUCCGAGCGGCCACAGUUCGUCAAGAACAACAACUCAAAUACCUCGUCAUCGGGUGCGGCUGCGAAGAAAUCAAAGGCGACGACCCUCCUCAAGACUGGAUUGUCGAUCACGCCAGACUCGCAAAUCCUCGUUGAGGAGGGACGCGGUUCCGGUUCUUCGCAACGCAGUCAAACAUCGAAGGGGAAGAAGGCACCUUUGCGGCCCAUCACCAACAAUGACCAUGCUUCCAGCGGCGACGACGACUUUCGCCAGAAGACCCGAGAAGAGGAUGGGGACACACGAUCCCAGCAUCCGUCGCAUAGCCCCAUCGACGACAAUGAUGACGAUCAUGGUCGGCUCGAUCACGAUGGAGGGGACAACGGUCUAUCCGAAGGCCGUCUUCGUCAUCGUGAUGGCUCACACAACUCAACGGUCCAUACCGACCGGGACUCUCGUUCAUAUAGCAAGCGAGCUACUUCGCCAUCGAGUGUGGCUGCGAAGAAAUCGAAGGCAACGACCCUCCUCAAAACCGGAUUGUCCACAACGCGAGGCUCACAGACCACCAUAGCGGAGCGAGGCGGCACCGGUUCUCCGCAACGCAGCCGAACGUCUAAGGGGAAGGAGAAGGCACCUUCGUGGCCCAUCUCCAAGGAUGAAGAUGCUUCCAGCGGCGACGAUGACUCUCACAAGAAGACCCGAGAAGAGGAUGGGGACACACAAUCCCAGCAUCCGUUGCAUAGCCCCAUUGACGACGACGCUGACGAUCAUGGCCGGCUCGAUCACGAUGGAGGGGACAACGGUCCAUCCAAAGAUCGCCUCCGUCGUCGCAAAGGCUCACGCAACUCAACAACACUUACCGACCGGGACUCACAUGCCCGUAACGAGAAACAGGCUCCGCCCAACGGCGACACAAAACACCAGCAUCGUUUGGCCUCCAAACACGGCAGCAUGGCCAACACCACCAACAACGAGGACACUUCGGAGAUUUAUGUUUCCGUUACGCUGUCCAACCGUUGGCCCUCGUAUACCAACGUGCGGACGAAACCGGGUGGGAAGCCUGGAUUGGAUGAUCAACAUGCGGAGCUUCAGAGGGUUGUGCGGGCUGCCAUGAACACCUUCUUCGCCUAUCUUGUAUCGGUGAAUGCAUAUCCGGACCCCGCUACGCGUUCGGCCGUCAUCAAGGGUUUGCUGAAGAGGGCCGCGGCGAAGUUGGGUGAAGCACAGGUGGCCGACCGUAUCAAGCACGACCACUCGGAAUGGAUGAGGCUUGUUAUUGGCUUGGUUGAAGGUCGUGUGUCGCAAUUCCGUAGCAAGAUCAAAAAGGCGGCCAACGAAUAUGUGCUCCACGACUACGACAUCACCGACGGAUGUGGUCCCCGUGCAAUAGCAUGGUCGCAGGACAAUGCCUACAUUUUUCCGGGUGAUGUAGAAGACCCAAGCAGUUUGAAGAAGGGUCAGCCAUAUGGCCGUUCAAUCUUUGCGAAGGUAAUCCGUGAGGCAUUCUUCAGUGGACGAAAGCCCCUCGCAACGAGGAAUCCUGAGAUCUUCGGAAAUGAGGAAGAGGAAGACCUAUCUAUCCCUCUCGCAAUGCUGGCCUUUGCUGCCGUUGGGAUUCUUGCUGUCAUUCAAGAUUGGGCAACCGGCGAGAAGAAGCACAGCGACUUUGCACAGGAUACCUUUAUUAAUACAUAUAGCAAUCAUAUGGCCACCCUUGAGGGUCUCGAGAGGGAUAAGCCCCGUUAUUUCACUACACUAAUGACAGAUCUUUAUGCAGCCGCUUCGUGA